ACCUUGAAACCCUAGGUUAAAGCGACGCCGCCGCCGCCAGCCGUCCGCCUUGCUCUCCUCUCGAGCCUGGUCCUCCUCCUUCCAACUAUCUCCCUCCCCCCAGAUUCCAUUGAUUUAGCGUUAGUUUUUCCGGUAGCGAAUCACUAGCAGCAGCGAUGGCGAUCAAGAGGACCAAGGCGGAGAAGAAGAUCGCGUACGACAAGAAGCUGUGCCAGCUGCUGGAGGAGUACAGCAAGGUGCUCAUCGCCGUGGCCGACAACGUCGGGUCCAAGCAGCUGCAGGAGAUCCGCAAGGGCCUCCGCGGCGACUCCGUCGUGCUCAUGGGCAAGAACACCCUCAUCAGGAGGUGCAUCAAGGUCCACUCCGAGAAGACCGGCAACAAGGACUACCUCGAGCUCAGCAACCUCCUCAUAGGAAAUGUUGGUCUUAUCUUCACCAAGGGUGACCUCAAGGAGGUUCGUGAGGAGGUCGCCAAGUACAAGGUUGGUGCGCCUGCUCGUGUUGGGCUAGUUGCUCCUGUUGAUGUGGUGGUUCCCCCUGGCAACACUGGUCUGGAUCCCUCCCAGACGUCCUUCUUCCAGGUGCUCAACAUCCCCACCAAGAUUAACAAGGGUACUGUUGAAAUUAUCACCCCUGUGGAGCUCAUUAAGAAGGGUGACAAGGUGGGCUCGUCCGAGUCUGCCCUGCUCGCGAAGCUGGGUAUCCGCCCGUUCUCAUAUGGGCUGGUGAUCAACAAUGUUUAUGACAGUGGGUCUGUCUUCAGUCCUGAGGUUCUUGACCUCACUGAGGAAGACCUCAUGGACAAGUUUGCGUCCGGUGUGUCCAUGGUUGCCUCCCUGUCCCUGGCAAUCUCAUACCCCACUAUUGCUGCUGCGCCGCACAUGUUUAUCAAUGCAUACAAGAAUGUGCUUGCUAUUGCUGUGGAGACUGAUUACUCAUACCCCCAUGGUGACAAGAUCAAGGAGUAUCUUAAGGACCCCAGCAAGUUCGCAGUCGCCGCACCUGCUGCUGCUGCUGCCUCCGGUGGCGCAGCAGCUGCCGCCCCCAAGGAGGAGGAGAAGAAGGACGAGCCUGAGGAGGAGUCUGACGGCGAGAUGGGCUUCAGCCUGUUCGACGACUAAGCUAGCUGUUUCUCCCCGUAUCGCCUGUGUCGAAGUCAGCAAGUUUUGUCUUAGUGUUGAACACUAAAAAGUUGCAAGUUUUAAUUGUUUUUUAUCCGGGACAAGUAUUAUGCUGUUUCUUAGUGUGUAUCCGACAAUGGUACCCAGUUAUGUCAUUGAGUUAGUUAUUUCUGUAUUCCUC